AUGUUUUUCCUAGAAGAAACUCAUAGAGAAGAAUUGGAUUAUAAUGAUGAUGCUAUCAGAAAAGAAUUUGAAAACACUGUAAAAAUGACAGACGAAGGAAUAUGUGUCAGAUGGCCAUGGAAACCAUUUGGCAAAGAACAACUCGGAGACAACCGAGAAGUCGCCUAUCGCAGAUUGGUGAAUAUGGUACAAUCCAAGAAAAGUGCUGAAAAAUUGAAAUCAAUGAGAAAAAUAUUAGAUGAUCAACUAGAAAGAAGGUGUAUAGAAGAGAUAUCUUUGGAAGAGAUUGAAAAUUCUCGACAACCUGUUUAUUAUAUGCCAAUCCAAUUGGUCAGAAAUGAAAAUUCUGAAACAUCAAAAGAUCGUAUUGUUUACGAUGGUUCUAGCAAAAAGAAAGGAACAAAGUCUUUGAACGAAUGUUUGGCUCAAGGUCCAGUUUCCAUUCCUAAAGUUCAUGGAAUAAUUCUGAAAGCAAGAACAUCUAAUUUGGUAUUGACAGCAGACGUUGAGAAAGCGUUCCAUACGCUAACACUUCAUGAAGAUGAUAGAAAUACAACUUUGUUCAUGUUUUUGCGAGAUAUAAACAAACCACCAACAAAUGAAAAUAUUAUUAUCUACAGAUUCAGAAAAGUACCAUUUGGAAUAAUUUCCAGUCCAUAUUUAUUGAGCGAAUCAAUAAAAUUUUCUCAAAGAGAUUCUGUGAAAAUGAAAAACUUGAGAAAUGCAUUGAAAACUCGCUGUACGUAG